AUGGCCGUUGAUUCUGACCGCCGAGAAGUAAUCCUCAAAAUCAACGAUCCCGAUAACAAUGGAGUCUCGGGAGAGACGACGGGGAAGAUAUGGAGAGACGGAAGUUACGAUUUCUGGACUGACGGUCACGGCAACCUCCACAAAGGCAUUCACGACGGCGAGAGAUCCUCCGCCACGGCCUCCGAGGAAGGUAAAGAUAACAACGAGCCUCCGUUCGAGUUCCGACGCGGCGAGGAUCCUCCGACGAAGCUGAUCGGUCAGUUCCUCCACAAACAGCAAGCCUCCGGCGAGAUUUCCCUCGAUAUGGACUUGAGCAUGGAUGAGCUUCAGUCCAAAGGCUUAACUCCCGUCUCCGAGUCUCCGGCGUCGGCGGGAAGACGAGACAGCCGCGGUGGCGGCGGCGGCGAGGGAGAAGUAGUGAAGUGUAGUGGAACCGCCACCGCCACCGCCGCUACGACGACGCAGAGAAACUCAACGAACUUGCUUAAGAUGAGAACUAGGUCACGGCUCUCGGAUCCGCCGACGCCGAAGCCGCCGUUACCUCCUCCUCCGACGGAGAUGAAGUCAGGGAGGAUUCCGAAGUCAGGACAGAUGAAAUCAGGCUUUUUCGGGAAGAGUCCGAGGAAUCAAGGAGGGGAGGAGGAGGAAGAUGAUCCGUUUGCGGAAGAGGAUUUACCUGAAGAGUAUAGGAGAGAUAAGAUUAGUUUAUGGAUAGUGUUGGAGUGGUUGAGUUUGAUUUUGAUUAUAGCUGCUUUGGUUUGUACGCUCGCGAUUCGUUUCUUGCGUGACAAGGUAAUCUGGGAGCUGAAUCUUUGGAAGUGGGAGACUAUGGUGUUGGUUUUGAUAUGUGGUAGGUUAGUUUCGAGUUGGAUUGUGAAGGUUGUUGUGUUCUUUGUUGAGAGGAACUUUCUUUUGAGGAAGAGAGUUUUGUAUUUUGUUUACGGAGUGAGAAAGGCGGUGCAGAAUUGUUUAUGGUUAGGGCUUGUUUUAUUAGCGUGGCAUUUCUUGUUUGAUGAGAAAGUUGCUGAAGCUGCGAAUACCAAGGCGCUUCGUGUUGUGACUAAGAUUAUUGUUUGUUUGUUGGUUGGGUUCUUGUUGUGGCUUGUGAAGACGUUGUUGGUUAAAGUUCUUGCUUCUUCGUUUCAUAUGAGUACUUACUUCGAUAGGAUUCAGGAGUCUUUGUUUACUCAGUAUGUGAUUGAGACUUUGUCGGGUCCUCCUUUGAUUGAGAUUCAGAGGAAUGAGGAGGAAGAGGAGAGGAUUAGUGUUGAGGUUAAGAAGUUUCAGAAUCCUGGUGGUGGUGUUGAGGUUACUUCAGGGGUUCAGAAGAGUCCGGUGACGGUUGAGAAAAGCCCGUUGUUAUCUCGUGUUCUUUCUAGUGGAGGAGGAGAUUCGAAAGGGAUUACGAUUGAUAGCUUGCAUAAGUUGAAUACUAAGAAUGUUUCUGCGUGGAAAAUGAAGAGGUUGAUGAAUAUAAUACGGCAUGGAUCAUUGACUACUUUAGAUGAACAGUUGCAAGAUCCGAACUUGGAGGAUGAUAAAGGAAACCAAAUCAGGAGUGAGUUUGAGGCUAAGCUCGCUGCAAGAAAGAUCUUUCACAAUGUAGCCAAGCCUGGAUCAAAGUUCAUCUACCUGAAGGACAUAUCACGGUUUCUUCCAGAAGACGAAGCUUUGAAGACUUUAAGUCUCUUUGAAGGAGCAACUGAGACAAACCGAAUCAGCAAAUCAUCUCUCAAAAACUGGGUGGUGAACGCUUUCAGAGAGAGAAGAGCUCUUGCGUUGACACUAAACGACACCAAAACAGCAGUGAACAGACUUCACAAGAUGGUGAACAUCGUAGUUGGCAUCAUCAUAAUCAUUAUCUGGCUUAUCAUUCUUGGAAUCACUUCCACCAAAUUCCUCGUGGUCAUGAGCUCGCAAAUCGUGGUUGUAGCAUUCAUAUUUGGAAACAUGUGCAAGAUAGUAUUCGAAUCCAUCAUCUACUUGUUCGUGAUACACCCCUUUGAUGUAGGCGAUAGAUGUGAGAUCGACGGAGUACAGAUGGUUGUUGAAGAGAUGAACAUAUUGACAACUGUGUUCUUGAGGUUUGAUAACCAGAAAGUUGUGUACCCGAACAGUCUCCUGUGGACCAAAUCCAUUGGAAACUAUUACCGUAGUCCAGAUAUGGGAGAUGGAAUCGAAUUCUCCAUCCACAUUACUACUCCAGCUGAGAAGAUCAUGCUCAUCAAGCAGAGAAUCACAAGUUACAUCGAGGGGAAGAAAGACCAUUGGUAUCCAGCGCCAAUGAUAGUAUUCAAAGACAUGGAGUCACUAAACAGUGUGAGGAUUGCUGUCUGGCCAACGCACCGAAUGAAUCAUCAAGACAUGGGAGAGAAAUGGGCUCGAAGAUCUCAACUUGUUGAAGAGAUAGCCAAGAUUUGCAGAGAGCUUGACAUUGAGUAUCGGUUGUAUCCUCUUGACAUCAAUGUCAGAACUUUGCCUACUCCUACUGGUUUGCCUGUUUCCGACCGUCUCCCACCUCAGUGGACUGCUCCUGGUUCCAGCAGCAAAUGA